AUGUUUAGCUGUUGCAACCUGAAGAUGCCCGAUGAAACAAUAAGAAGGCGAAAGGGCAAUGAUUCAACAGUGCAAAGCGAAACAAAGGGAGAUUCGGCAGAAGAUGAAGAAAUGUCGUCAAGUGGUGAAUCCGAAGAAGACGAGAAUUUGCCUCCACCAGUCCCGCCCGUUGAGCCGCCGCUCCAUGAAGUAGGAAUCGUCGAAGCACCUGAUUGGCCGACUGGAAUAUCAGAAAUACAAGAACGCGAUUAUGGUCUUGCAUUACCAAAGAGACUGUUUGCGAUUGGACCGAUGGUGGCUUUGGCGAUAAUAUUUUAUGUUGGUACAGUUACAGUGUACAUGCACACGAUGUGGUGGCCACUUGCCACAAUUGGAUCAUUCAUCCAUUUCUUUAUUUUUCUCUCUUGGAAUUACGCAACUCUGAAUAACUUCAUCUUGGCUGCAAAAGUUGGUGGUGGCUAUGUGCCAAAGAAAUGGAAAAUCGAUCCCGAAGUCGAGAUUAAAGGCGACAUUUCAAAACGUUUACAAUGGUGUCGAAUCUGUGACGGAUACAAGCCGCCCCGUUCUCAUCACUGUAGUAAAUGUGGUCGUUGUGUACUGAAGAUGGAUCACCAUUGCUUGUGGAUCAACAAUUGUGUCGGUCAUCGAAAUCACGCCUUCUUCGUUCGAUUCCUCAUUGCGGCGAUUAUUGGAUGUGCACAUGCGACGAUCAUUCUUGGAAUGUCCAUUUAUCAUGCAAUUCAUAUUGGUUGGUAUCUUCGAUUUGGAGAUGGAACAGAUCCAAUUAUUGAGAUGACGAUUACUUCCCUCUUGGUGACUGUUGCUGCUUUGGCUCUUGCGCUCGGUGUCACCGUUGCUCUUUCGGCUCUUCUGUUGUUCCAGGCUCGCUAUAUUCGCAAUAAUAAAACCGGAGUCGAGGAGUAUAUUUUCGACAAAGCACGUUCGCGAAUGAAAGAAGAGAAAUAUCGAGGGACAAUUUUUGUUUAUCCGUACGAGAUUGGUUGGAGGAGAAAUAUUGCAGAGGUUCUGGCGAAUUUCAAAGGCAAGCAAAGUGGUAAUGGCGUUUGGUGGCCGAUUCGAGGAGAUUGCACGCAGUUUACCUUUUCGGAAGAACAACUACGACAAAAGAAAUUGAAGCGCAGUCAUGCGAGAUUUGUUCGGAUCACAAAGUCAUCUCGAGGCGGCUAUUGCGGUGCGAUUCGAGCGGCACCCAUCGCUUGCAUUUGCCAACCGUUAUCCGAUCAACCAAGAAUGGAAAUCAAAGAAGGCGAAACGUGGAUUGUCACCGGAGGAAACAAACGUUGGCUUUAUGGAUUCAAACAAGGAUCGGAUGCAAAGGGAUGGUUGCCGAGAAGCUGCACUGAAUUUUUACCCGAACGACCUCAUCUUGAA